AUGAUUCGUCUUGAAGCAUUUGGUUAGUUGCAGUUGAGGAAUACUCCUUCAAAUCGUUUUCAUCACAAUGAACGCAAUGCUGUCCAUCUUCUGUCUCGUCGCAGCGGUACUCUCCAGCGUUCACUCAGCGCCGUACCUAAACUAUUACUACAAUACUCCUUAUAAUUACGCAGCGUACAGAAACGCCCUCUAUGCAGGACUGGCACAUCUGUAUCCAUCAGCAGCAGCAGCUCCCGUUGUAGCAGCCGCUCCAGCAGCUGCAGUCGUUCCAGCAGCUACCCCAGUGGUUCCUGCAGCAGCUGCUGCUGUAGCUCCCGCCGCAGCUGUACUCCCUGCAGCUGCUUUGACUGGUGCUCCAGUGACUCCUCUUGAUGCUUACGCAGCAGCAAUGAGAUAUCUUCAAUAUGGAUACGGAUACGGGUAUGGAUAUCCUUACACUGCCCCAUACACUUAUCCAUACUACAAGAAAAAAUGAAGCACUACACAUGGUUUACUGAAGAAAAGUGAUAGCUUCAAGUAAGAGUGAAAUAUCAAACGUUUUGAUUUUACUGCUUCUGCAAAGAGACACAACAUGUUAUUUAUUUUCAAAACAAACAACUUACCGCUUUGGCAUGUGUUCAUUAAAACAUCUUUGUAUUACAAUUUAUAUUGAAUAAAAAUCUUG